AUGAUCAGCGGCUGCACUAACAAGCAGUGCCAAUAUGCUGAACCCUGCGUACGGGAAGCUCCAAUGACACUCAACACCACCCUCCCUGCCACCACCUCAACACCACCCUCCCUGCCGCCACCUCAACACCACCCUCGCUGCCACCACCUCAACACCACCCUCCCUCCACCCUCCCUGCCACCACCUCAACACCACCCUCCCUGCCACCACCUCAACACCACCCUCCCUGCCAACACCUCAACAGUCAACACCACCCUCCCUGCCACCACCUCAACGCCACCCUCCACGCCACCCUCCACGCCACCACCUCAACACCACCCUCCCUGCCACCACCUCAACACCACCCUCUCUGCCACCACCUUGGUAUUCUAA